AUGGGCGUCCGAGACUCCGGCGAGGUGACGGGGACGCCCGACCCCGUCGAGAGAGGCCUUGCCACCAUCAACACCAUCACCCUGGGUGUGAAGGCCAUGGUUCAGAAGGAUGGCGAACUUCGAAAAGCUGAGAUUCUGUCGAUUCGAGAACGGAAGGGUGGACUUUCAUUCUAUGUUCAUUAUGUCGAUUUCAACAAACGUCUUGACGAAUGGGUUCCAGCUGCCCGAAUCGACCUCACUCAGGAGGUAGAGUGGCCUCGGCCUGAAAAGGCGGACAAGAAGAAGAGCGCCGCUACGACCAAGGCCCCUAGCAAGAAUGUCCAGAAACAGCAGCGCGCCGAUAGCCGCGAGGUAUCAGGGACUCCAGAUGCCUUUGGCAGUAAGAACCAGAACAUUGCAAGGGCUUCCCGGCCCUCAAAGGCUGGGGGUAAAGAGAACCGGGAUACGCCCGAUAUCUCAAUGAUCGGGUCUGAAGCAGUGUCCACCGUCGGGACGCCGAAAAUGAUGGACUCGGAGGACCUAGAAAUGACCGAUGCGCCACUCAAGGACGAAGUCAAGACCGCUUCUGGUGAACUGAUCACCCGCGAAGAGGAAAUUGAGCGGUUACGUACCGGUGGUAGUAUGACCCAGAAUCCAACUGAGGUCCACCGUGUGCGAAACUUGACCAAGCUUCAAAUGGGCAAGCACGAUAUCGAGCCGUGGUAUUUCUCGCCAUACCCCGAUUCGUUCUCCGAUGUGGAUCUAGUCUACAUCGACGAGUUCUGUCUCAGCUACUUUGACAAUUACCGUGCUUUUGAGCGUCACCGUGCCAAGUGCACAAUGGUCCACCCGCCCGGCAACGAAAUCUACCGUGACGAAAACAUUUCCUUCUUCGAGGUUGACGGCCGUCGUCAGCGGACAUGGUGUCGUAACCUGUGUCUUCUCAGCAAGCUCUUCCUAGACCACAAGACGCUCUACUAUGACGUGGACCCCUUCCUCUUCUACUGCAUGUGCACGCGCGACGAUACGGGCUGCCAUCUGGUCGGCUACUUCUCCAAAGAAAAGGAUUCUGCCGAGGGCUACAACUUGGCUUGUAUCACGACCUUCCCGCAAUUCCAGCGCGCAGGUUAUGGUCGUCUACUCAUCGCCAUGAGCUACGAGCUAAGCAAGCGCGAGGGCAAACUGGGUUCUCCCGAGAAACCGCUUAGUGACUUGGGUUUGCUCAGUUACCGUCGAUACUGGCGGGAGACGCUUGUUGAGCUAUUGGCGGAACCAAACCGUGAGGCUAUGAGCGAGAAUGAACUCGCUCUUCUCACGUCUAUGACCGAGAAGGAUAUUCACGAGACAUUGCUGGUGAACAACAUGCUCCGAUACCAUAAAGGAAACUGGAUUAUCGUUCUAACCGACCAAGUCCUCGACGAGCACAACAAGCGCCUGGAGAAGGAGAAGAUCAAGGGUUCUCGCAGGAUCGACCCCGUUCGUCUGCAGUGGAAGCCGCCAGUCUUCACGGCGUCCAGCCGUACUUGGAAUUGGUAA